AUGUACUUGAGGUGUGCUAUGUAUAGUCUGUUCAGAGCCGCCUGUCAGCUCACUGUGCUGGAUCGGAGCUGCUCAGCCUCACUGGCAGUCCAAGCAGAAACACCACCCACAGGCAGGGUUUUCAUCUGGCUGAGAGCCUUCUUGUAGUGAGUGUGUGGUUCAGCUGGGAUGUGAUGAAGACCCACAGCAGGGAGGAGAUGGAGUCCAGCAGCUGUCCAGCCCACUGUCUGAGGGUCAGUGUUUGUGACAGCUCCUUCAUUGUGGAUAAACUUCUUCUGGCUGAGAAGUGUGAGUACUUCAGAGCCUUGUUCCAGUCCGGCAUGAGAGAGUGCCAGCAGGAGCACAUCCAGCUGCAGGGGGUGGGCGCUCCAGGCUUCCUGCUCAUGCUGAGGGUCCUGAGCGGGGAGCGCCCCCUGCUGAGCGCCGACCAGAUCGUGGAAGCCAUCGAGUGUACGGCUUUCCUGCAGGUGCCGGUUCUCACCGAGCACUUGAUCAAUACGGUGAACUCUGAGAACUGCCUGCUCAUGUUCCACACAGCGGCCACAUUCGGGGUGAGGGAGCUGGCCAACUGCUCCGCCAUGUUCAUCAGAGACAUGUACUCCGAGCUGGAGCAGGAUGUGCACACCUUACCGGACACGCUGGUGGAGCACAUCCAGUCACUGCUCCCCAGCAGCUACAUGGCCGUGUGCAGCCACUCCCCGAGCACGGAGCAGCUGCAGGACCGGCAGAGGACCGUGUGCUUCCUGGACGAGGACAGCAGGGAGUGGAAGGUGCUGACUCAUCUCCCUGUGACCACCAGCACCACCAUGGCAGGCGUGGCAGUCCUGGACAACAAACUUUACAUCAUUGGUGGGGUGCAUGAUCUGAGCAAGAAGGUGGUGGAGUGUGGCUUCUGUUACAGCCCUGCAGCCAACACUUGGACCACCUUUUGCGCCCCCCAGCAGCUGCGCUACAACCUGACUCUGAUCGGACACCAGGGCUGCCUGUAUGCCCUGGGAGGAGAGCACAACAAGAAGGCCCUGUCCUCUGUGGAGAGGUUCAGGGUGGAUACAGGGAGCUGGGGGUUUGCUUCCCCUCUCCCCUGCCCGGCAGCCCAGGUGGUGUCUGCUGUAGCCAUGAGCAGGCUCUUCAUCUGUCUGUGGAGAGGUAAGGGGGCCACAGAUAUUCACGAGUACGUGUCGGAGCGCGAUCAGUGGCUCCUGGUCACCACACUCACCAGGGAGCACAGCUACGCUCUGUACAUGGUGGCCCACAGGGACAACCUGUAUGUGAUGCGCAACGGGCCCUGUGAUGACUUCCUGCUGUGUGUGAUGGACUGCUACAGCCUGAGCUCCGGCCAGUGGACAGCUGUGUGCGGUCACUACGGGAACAGCAAGGGCUCCCUUCUCACCGCCGUGGUGAGAGGAGACUCUGUGUUCACCCUGAGCCGCCACGUCACCACAGAGUACACUGUGGAGGAUCACAAAUGGAGAGUGAAGCGUGAGAUGAAAGGGUUCGGUAGGAUUGGAUCCAUAUACACAUUUCUGAUGAAGCUUCCCAAAGCCACCGUCUCCCCUGUGGGAAACUCUCCAGAUGUGACUCAGAAACGAGCCCUCAGAGCCUGUUCCAGAAUCUACUCACAAUGCUCAAAUAGCAACUAAUACAGCUCUUAUUUUCACUGCUUUGGUUCUAACAUAAUCCAAAUAGGCAAGACCUCCGUCACAGAGGGAUGGAUUUCCUGCUUUGUCCUUCACAGUGUUCCCAUCCACCGCUGGUUAACUGUUUGUGUAUUGGAGUGGUGAUAACUCAGAAAAUGAUUUGGCAGUUUGAAAAUGCCUGAAAUAAGAUCUGUGGGUGUGGAGAUUGGAGUUAUGCUUCAAUAGCCAGCUGGUUAGACAACAUGUAUUAUCAGUCUGUGGGAAGUAGAGAGAAGCAGGAAGAAAAUAAAGAUUUCAAUUCACAAUAGCAUUCAUGCUGUCAGGAAUGAUAAUCAGAAAAUAAACAAUUUCUUUAAAAAGCAAUCACAAUACAAACUACUCAGAUCACAUGAGAAUACGUUCACAUGUUCACAUAAUAAACACAGGACUGAAAGGCUGCAAUAUGGGAACAUCAUCGUCAUCAUCAUCAUCACCAUCAUCAUCAUCAUCAUCAUCAUCAUCAUCAUCAUCAUCAUCAUCAUCUUACAGUGUAAUGCAGUAAAUAUACUUUUGGACCACCCAGCUCCAGGUAUAAUAUUGUGGGAUAUUUGUUCCUGCAAUCGAGAUCAGAUUUUUGUCACGCUGAGAUAUGAAAAGUGUGUGUAGAUCUUCAGUCAUGCCACACGAUUCAUUAGCUCCUCCAGGGCGCGCUCCCGGUGGUUGUCAUGGACCAGCAACACCUCUUUGAUGGCGUUCUGCUGGAAGCCCAUCUCGUUGAACUGACUCAGCAGAUGCAGGAACUCCU